AUGCUUGUAAAUUACUUACUUCAGAUUAAUUGAAAGAAAACUCAGGAUUGAUUACGUAUAGACAUAAUAAAUAAAACAGCUACUUUCGGAGUAAAUUUUCUUCGGGAACUCUUAUUACAAAUUUUAUUAUUAGAAGAUUUGUUUUAUGGUGUUCUUUAUCCACAUAUGCCAAUCAAGGCUUAUCCCAUAUGCAAAAAGUUUAAGCCCUUAGCUCUAGAAGGUAUAGAGUUCAACUUCUUGGCAAUCACGAGUAAAUGGAGUACUCACAAAAUUCAAGCUUAG